GUAUGCAGCUGUCUUUUACAUGAAACGUUGGUGUCACUAAUUACUAUUUCUCUUUGACUCUUCGAUACUUUGGAUGUGCGUCACACCUUGUGGAUCAUGGCUGGAUUUCUAACGUCGCUGUGGCGGUACAGGAAUUACAUCGUGAUAGUCCUGACACCUCUUCUGCUUCUGCCUCUGCCACUGAUUGUCCAGUCUUCAGAAGCAAAAUGUGCCUUUGCCAUAAUUCUCAUGGCGCUGUUCUGGUGUACAGAGUGUAUACCCCUGGCUGUGACCGCCCUGCUGCCUGUCAUUCUGUUCCCCAUGAUGGGCAUCAUGGAGGCAAGCGAGGUUUGUAUUCAGUACCUGAAAGACUCCAACAUGCUCUUUAUUGGUGGGCUGCUGGUGGCCAUCGCUGUCGAACACUGGAACCUGCACAAGAGGAUCGCCCUUCAAGUUCUGCUCAUUGUAGGAGUGAAGCCAUCCCUUCUGAUGAUUGGUUUCAUGAGCACCACAGCCUUCCUGUCCAUGUGGAUCAGUAACACGGCCUCCACAGCCAUGAUGCUGCCCAUUGCCAACGCUGUGCUGCAGCAGCUGUGUGAAACCGAGGCCAACGCUGAAGAGAGGGAAUCAUCUGCAAAUGACGGUCAGGAGAAUCAGGCCUUUGAGAUGGGUGACUACAAGGAAAGCAAUGGCAAGGAGCUCAAACCUAAGGACAACAACAUCAACAUGGAUAUUGAAACCAAAGACACAAAGGAAAUCAUAGACAAUAAUGUUAAUUCAAUGGUUUGUGAGAGGAGUCCAGAUGCCGAGCAACGAAGAAUAAAGAGGGAGAAGAAGUACCUGAAGCUGACGAAAGGCAUGAGCCUCAGUGUUUGUUACGCUGCCAGCAUCGGAGGAACGGCCACCCUCACUGGAACUACACCCAAUGUCAUCAUGAAGGGCCAGAUCGAUGAACUCUUCCCAGAUAAUGGAGGAAUAAUCAACUUUGCAAGUUGGUUCGGCUUCUCAUUCCCCAACAUGCUGCUCAUGCUCGUUCUCUCUUGGUUGUGGCUGCAGUUUGUGUUUUUGGGCUUCGACUUCAGAAAGUCCUUUGGAUGCGGCACAAAGAAAAGUGGAGACGGGGAGGCCUACCAGGUAAUCAAAGAUGAGUACAAAAAGCUGGGCAAGAUGAGCUUCGCUGAGGGCUGUGUGCUGACUAACUUCACGCUGCUGGUUCUUCUGUGGUUUACAAGGGAGCCUGGGUUCAUACCCGGCUGGGCCACUGUGCUCUUCAACAAAGACAAGCCGUAUGUCACCGAUGGCACUGUGGCCAUACUAAUGUCGACACUCUUCUUCUGCAUCCCAUCCAAUUUUCCCCGAUGCUGCGGGAGGUCAAGGGAUGGGGCGCCUGCUGAAGCCCCAACACCUCUGCUUACUUGGGACAUCGUCCAUGAAAAGAUGCCUUGGAACAUCCUCUUACUUCUAGGAGGAGGUUUUGCAUUGGCCCACGGAAGCGAGAAAUCUGGACUUUCUGUGUGGCUGGGGGAAUCUCUAAUACCACUGCAGAGCAUCCCUCCCUUUGCCAUCUCAAUCCUGCUGUGUCUGCUGGUGGCCAUGUUCACCGAAUGUUCCAGCAACACCGCCACCACCACGCUCUUUCUGCCAAUACUGGCCUCUAUGGCAACUGCCAUUAAGAUACACCCGCUGUACGUGAUGUUUCCAUGCACCAUCUCCGCCUCGCUGGCUUUCAUGCUGCCCGUGGCCACUCCACCCAACGCCAUCGCCUUCUCCUAUGGCAACCUUAAAGUUAUGGACAUGGCCAAGACUGGAUUCAUCCUGAACUUUGUUGGUGUCUUAACUGUCAACAUUGCCAUCAACACGUGGGGUGUGCCGAUGUUCCAGCUGGAUACCUUCCCCAGUUGGGCUAAUGUCACCAAAGCUCCUUGAAAAUGAACUCAGGGAAAUGGAAGCGUUUGAGAAAAAGGCUGGAGAGAUGAACAAUAUCUGCUAAUUUAUCAGGAUCCCACUAAUGGAAGACUGGGUCUGAGAAAACUCCCCUGUAUGUUCCGGAAAGAGUAGCUGGGGAAUACUGGCCCUUGAAGGCUGAUACUGAUUCUAUCCUCAGAAACCAUCUGGAAACGAUGGAGCAGCUUUUGUUAACUGAAUUGAGUUCAGUUGAUUUAUAUAAAUCAUCAUCUGGACUGUCAACAGAACAGAUCAAAAGGUUAAUGUAAUUUAUAUCCAGGACUGACUUUCUGUGUUUCACCUAUGAAGACAUGAUAUUUAAAAACAAAUGUUCUUGCAUAAAAACAAGGAGAUUGCUGCAAAAAAUAUGAAUUGUGGCAAAGUUUGAUAUUGUGGGUUAAUUGCACCUGUAAUAAAAGUGUUACACUCACCUAAUAUAAUAAACUUAGGUUUAACAAAAAAA